AGUCCGGUAAACAGGCAUGGAAGCACCUGGUUGAGACCUCUACUAUCAGUAAAACGUUAAAUUAGAUCUUUAUUUUCAGUAUUCAGUAUUAUAUUGUCCGCUACAUUCUGCGAAUAAGGAGCGACGGGAAAAUAUAGUCCCUUUGACAAAGUUCUGCAAUCAGGUAAGGUGUUAGCAGUUAAUGACUGAUUACCCAAAGCUAGCUAGCUCAGCGGCAGUGUUGUUCGGCUUAUCGUUAUUGGUUAUGUUCCAAGCUAGGUCUAUAACCACAAUAAAAUUAUGCACUUUUCAGGAUAAAACCAACAAAGGUACUUAAGCCGCCUCUUUUGGCAUGUUUGUUUGAUAGAGCUUUGCCAUUAUUUGAGGACUUUUUAGAUGACUUAGCCAAUAGGAGUAUAAAUCAAUGUUAGACUUCUCACUAGCAUUGACAUCUAAGAAAUGCAUUAUAUGCUACCCUCAAAUUCAAAGUUAUGUUUUUUUCAAAAUGUCUGCAAUGGAAUAUGUAUGACCAUUCAAACACAUGGUACACAUUCUUGACGUCACUUCAUAAUUUGUGAUGGUUGACAGUAAAAGAAUUCUCGGUGAACUUUUGCGAAUUUUUAUAUUGACUGUAUCAAUUUGUAAUGUGAUAAUUAAGACAGCUUACUUAAAAUAUGUUUCGACUAAUCAGUAAUUUUCAUAAACAAGCUACCAUUGAUUCAGUUUCGCUGUACUACGUAAUCAUUAUGACCAAAGCAGUUGUUUGCUUGAAGGAACCUUCGAAAUCUGCUUUGUGAAAAACAGUUGUUUAGAUUAAUUUGUAUAAUAAGGGCGUAUUGAACUGUGAACGUUAGUAUAUUUUGUGGUUAACAGUGGAUACGACAUAUCGGAUUGGAUUGCUGGUUCUUGCUUAAGUGACCAAGCAGCCCUGUGAUCUCUGUGGCCAGGUUUAUUCAGAACAGGCAGGUUGUCUGUAACAAAUGAAUAGAAUUAAUCCCUAAAUAACAAUGAAUUAUUUGAAUCUUUCCUACAUUCUUUGUUUGAUACUGUAUUAGUUUAACCUGACUACUUUUGCUGGUGGUGAUCAUUUAGCAAAUUCAUUACUUAUUAAACUGAGCUUGAAGGUCACCAUAAUUUAACAGCUCCUUACACUGAUGAUUUUAUUAUUUCAAACACAGAUUGGACUGUUGUUAGAUCUGACAUGACUUCAUCUGUUUAUAGCUGUUUCCAUCAUGUGUCAUAUUGCUGUUUAAUGUUUCUUUAAUUGAUUCUAAAUUUGAUGAAAUCUUUGCAAAAUACCACAGCUGCCUUCUCCCCCCAGUUAAAUUACACCAUAGAAUAAAAACCAAAAAUGCAGCAUCAGCAUUUCUCAACUGGGAAGACACUAAUUAGCCUUGGAGGGCAUGAAACCAUGUCCACUGAGCUUGGACCAGGCUAAGGGUGUGUGACAGCACAGAACACCACAUGCAGCAAUUCUAGAUCGGAUUGACGGAGAUCUACAGCUUUGCUCGCGUUUCAGAAAUAUUGCAGAAUGUUUUUUUUUAUUUGAGAUGAAUAUUGUUAUCAUUGCCAGUGAACAUAGGCCUAUUAUACAUUCAACAAAUUCAUAUAUAUUUAAGAACUUUUCUUGGUUCAGUUAUAUGUUCAGUUGAUCUCAUGUUGAAGCCACCCUGUGAUUUUUUUUUUUUUUAGCUUAAUGAACAUAAUGACUUUAUUUUUAGUUCAUAGUGCUAUUGUAUAGCCACUUCACUGUACUGGAUGUGCUGGAAUGGUAUGCAGGGUGUACUUUGGCUGGUGCCCUGCCCAUAAACAUGGUUGAUGAAGUAUGUAUGGAUGGGUAUUAUUAGUGACGAUGAUAAGGAUAAUUAUCAUGUUCAUAUCAUGUCUUAAAGAAGUAUAGUGUCUGUACACUUAGAAGCCUCUGUUCAUUGACUAUGUUCAGCAAACUAUUAUCAUUAUUAUUAUCCAGUAACCAAUUUAUAUAUUAAAAUGUAAUCAUCUUGGUGAUUUUCAGUGGAUUUUAUAUUGGAAUUCUCGGGACUGUAAUUAAAAGCACUAUAAUAUAUUAUAGCUUAAUUCAUUCCCUGUAUAGCGUCUCCGUGUUGGAAUUUGCUUUUGUAGUUCACUUUCAUCUUUGCACUCUUCCAUUGCCACUUUAGCUCUGACUAAUAGAAUUACGAGUUUAUACAGGCUACUGAUUGACGGUGGGCAUGGAAACAUGUUACCGGCGACCAGUUAACGAACGAGAAAUAAUGAAAUUUAAAAUAAAAUGUUUUAGUAAAUCGACGUGUUCCGCAAACUGCAUCUUAGACAUGCGUGUUCUUGAGGAAAGUUAGCUUUUAUUUCAAACUUUUUAUUAAUGUCUUGGACCAGUUGUUGUUUUAUGGCACUUCUCUGUGAAGAGGCAUUGCUUGAAAAACUGUCCUUUUCACAUGUAAAUCUUAAUUCUCGCACCGAGUCCAAGGCGCUGCUAGAUGCUAUUGGUUUAAAUGGACGCUAAUGUAAAAUGUGGAUCGUUUACCCUAAACGCCCCCGAUUUGCGCCGCAUUUGUGAAGUUGGCUUGGCUUCGCAGGUGAGUCCCCUAAAGUUUCACCGCGUCAGUACACGAUCGUGCGCCGCACACUGCGCGAUGCGCCUCGGCGGCGGUGUCAUUUGUCAAAGCGGCCGCGACAUCCGAACACCGGCCGCCUUACGACUCGCCGACGUCCGAGCGGCGCAAAUGGGGGCGGCGGGUGGUGUGGUGUUAGUGGGUGGCGGUGGGGCGGGGGACGCUGUUUACGCGGCAUCAAUCGGUCCAGCGGGAUCCCUUGUUAACCAGCUGGAGCGCAGAUCGCCGUUUUGUUACAUUGUAGCGGAAAGAAUGUCGGAAAGGGCCGACGAUGACGUCAGGGGGGAGCAGCGCAGAGCCGCCAGGCAGCCAAAGCAGCAACAGCAGCAGCAGCAGCAAAUCCAACAGGGAGAAGGAUCCACAGCAAUGGCGACCGUGGGGGAGCGCAGAUCUCUUCCCAGUCCCGAGAUCGCAUUGGGACAGCCCUGGAGCGAAUGGAUUGAUGCUGCUAAAUUGUACGGGAGCGACGGUGCCGAAUCCGAAGAAAGUUUGAAAGAGUGCGGGAAAAAUCGCGAAGCAAUGAGGCUUUGCAGAGAUGACAUGCCCAUCUUUGGCCAGUGUCCUGCACAAGAUGACUUCUACUUGGUGAUGUGCAGCCACUGCAGUCAGGUGGUGAAGCCUCAGGCCUUUCAGGCGCAUUACGAGCGAAGGCACAGCUCCUCCAGCAAGCCCCCAUCCUCCUCCAUAUCCACCUCCACGUUCCCCCUCUCCACUCUGCUGACCAGCUUCAAGGCCGGGGGGACCGGGGGUAUAGGGGGGGCCGGGCGUACCCCCAACAGUAAUGGCUCCUCCUCCAACUCCAAAAUCCCCAAACUGGCCAAAGAGAAGUUUGCACAUGGCAUCCACAACAGCAGGCCCAUGCUGUCUCACAAGGUGCUUCCUGAUAAAACAAUAAGCCCCGGCGUGAAAGUGGACACGGCACCGGUGAAGGUGCUAGACACACCUCCCAAGCUGAUCCAUGCUUCCCCAUCCUCUACCACUGUGAGCUCCAAGCCCAGCCUUACCUCCAUACCAAAGGCCGCCCUGCUGGCCCCAGGGCCCAUUCCCAAUGGCAAAGUGCUCCUGUCAUCACUGGACAAGAAGCAGGAGAACAGCACCAGCUAUAAGAGGCAGAAAAGGAUAUCUGAACGAGAGUUUAACGCGGAUUUUCACUGUGGUGUUCUGGACCUGGUGACGCGGAAGCCAUGCACGAGAUCUCUGACAUGCAAGACACAUUCCUUAAGCCAGCGGAGGGCCGUUCAGGGCCGCAGGAAGCGCUUCGACACCCUGCUGGCGGAGCACAAGAGCAAGGCCAGGGAGAAGGAGACGCAGCGAACAUCGGAGCAUCCCCAGCAACCACCCCUUCUCAGGGACCCCCACCCCUCCCCGUCACGCGUCGUACAUGACCUUCACCAGGGGGCGCCAGGCAAUGGCACCUCCGAGGCCAAGCCCUCGCUCCCCAGCAAACCCAGACCUCACAAUCAGAGUCUUCCAAGGCUGCACUCCUCCUCGCACCCCUGUGGGAAUGCCCAGGGAGAGCCCGGCCUGCUUCAGGACUCACUGCAUCCCUCCACCGUGCCCCCCGAUGGACCGCCCCGCCUCUCCAGCGAUGAAGGCGAGAACGAGGAGAAGGAGGAUGGCACAGACAAGCUGGACUGCCACUACUCAAGCCAUCACCCCCGGCCGGCAGCUUUCUGCACGUUUGGGAGCCACCAGCUAGGAAGGAGCUGCUUCUGGUUCAACCGGCGCUUGGACAGAGUCCGCUGUGCCCUCAGCGCUAUGGUGGAUCGACACAUCAACACACACCUGUGGAAGAAAAUCCCGCCGGCCCCGGAGGCGCUCUGCUCCCCGCUGCCUCACAGGACCAGCACAAGCUCACAGCCGGCGCCCCCCUGCAGCGGCAGUGCGACCAGCUUCCCCUGCAGCGCCUCUCUCACCUCCUCCCCGGUGCUCGUCCCGCCGCCGUACGCGCAGUCCUUGGACAGCAAGGCGGUGCUGUCCUACGGGACGACGCUGAACGCCCGUGUGUCUCCGGGCGGCGGCAUGGAGCCCCCCGCCUACGGCGCGCCCGUCCGCCAGGUGUCCCUGUGGCCGCAGGUGCCUUUAGGCCAUUCGGCCGUGCCCUCGUCCAGCAGGUCCCCUAAGUCUAAACCCAGCAGCAAGCAGUUUAAGUCUCGGGACUCCUCUGGCACUGUGCUGACCUCCGCUGGCGUCGGCUCCGGGAAGAAGAGGAAGAGCAGCUCCCCUCUGCCCGCCCAUCCGAUUUCCUCGCUGCAGUCUUCCUCCUCAUCCUCCUCAUCUUCCUCUGGUACCUUCAAGAAGAACUGUGCCACGACGCCUGGCACGCAGCACCACUCGCCGACGCCACCCUCUGCUACCCACAUUACGGGCCACAGCAGUGCCCCCGCAGGCAGGACCAACUCUGUGAGUGUGAAACACGAGCAGCCAAGCCGGGGCCCCCCGUUGGGGAGCCCGGCCGAGUCCAUCAAGCGCAUGAGCGUGGUGAUGAACAGCAGCGACUCCACGCUGUCUCUGGGGCCAUUCGUGCACCAGACAGUCACUGAGCACACGGGCAAUUCGCACGCCGGCUCCGCGCACGGCUCCUUGGAGCACCGGCUGGAAGGAAAAAGGCGCAAGAUGCCCCUAGGCUCGGCCGGCAUGGACGGAGGGAGCAGGGCGCUCGGAGGGGGGGCUCCCGGCUCGGGCAGGUCCAUCAAGCUGCCCAAGGCGCCUACCAUCAACAACAUCCACGGCAAACAUGGCCGCCCCAUCUCUGGAUUGCAAGGGCUUCCCAACAACUCCUUCAUACAACAGCCAAAGGCGCGUCCCUGAUGACGGCUGUGCGGCCCCCUGCCAUGCUGAGCGCCGGGGCUGAACGCUGGCUUGCCCUCGUCACCGUGACACUCUCCGCUGGAUGAGGCCUUUCUGCCAUCGACUGUUCCCGCGAUCCUCAGGGGUGGAGAUCCGACCGGAGCGUCGACGGCGCCCAGCGAGAGUCGCCCGAUGAAAAGCCAUGUCCGCGAAGGAAACUCACGUCGCCGGGCGACCGGGCCAGGGUCUCGCCGGUGAUGUGGACGGGGCUCGGCCACUCUUCCCUGGAGGGGGCCACGUGCCCUGUGACCGUGCACUGAAGAUGUGAGGUACGGGGCUAGGCCACUUUGGGCCUCGUAGGUGCAGAGUCGUCAGAGCACCACCUAGUGGUGGGACUGGUAAGGUUCUGCCAAACCACUGGAAUAUUAAGAGACAGGCAUAGACGACCUGAAACAAGCCUCUGGGGGAACAGGACGGUCGGGGUAGAAAACUAUCAGGAGUUACCGCCAUUUCACACAUUUAUCAUUUACAUUUUUUUCCCCGUUUUUAUUUUGCGUGACAUUGACAGUUACUACAGGUCCUGAAGUACCCUAGUGGUUUAGGCGAGAUGGAGGAGUGGGGAGUGCAGGAUGGAGGCCUGAGGAAGGGCCUGAGUGUGGGGCUGGUCCAGCUGGGAGCUGGGGGGGGACUCGACCGUGCCAGCGGUGUGGAUGCAGGCUUCACACAGGGCCCCAGCGACCAUCUAUGUUCUGAUUCAGCUUCAGCUAAAGGGGUCAGAUUGGGCCAUCAUGUUUCUCUUCAUUCUAGAGAAGACCUGUGUGUGUGUGUGUGUGUAUCUGUGUCAGUGUGUGUGUGUGAGAGAAACACCAAACCAAACUGCUGAAUUGGGAAUUUAACAACCUCUGUUUUCAGUGUUACUGUACUACCUGGGUUCACCCUAAAAUCAGCACCAUUGUCAGACAAAAUGCCAGCACACUGAACUGUUGGCAUAAACAUGAUGAUGGCAUGAUUUUCUGCACAGGUUAUGCAAUUUUGUUUCUCUGCCUGCUCGCCAAAAUUGGAGCACAUUAUGUAGAGGAAGUAGUUCUAGUAAAGCAUAAACAUUUACUGUCAGAUAAUAAUCUUUAAGAUGGUCCUGAUCCUACUCCCAAAUACUGAGCCCAUCUUAACUGCACAACAGUUAGAAUGUUAAAUGUACAGAUACAGAAUGUCACAGCAAUUCAUUUCACUCUCAGCAUAUAAAUUAAAUGUUUACCUGUGAUUUAAAUGAUGAUUCUUACAGAAUCCCCCUGCUGGGGUUUUAAGUUGAACCUGCACAUGCUUGGGGAGAGGACGCUUGAGCUGGACUUGGAUGUGACGCAGAUUCUUAUGUUGAUAUCCUCCCCAUACCACUGUAAUGACCCUCUGAAGCAUUUUGGCAGCCAUCUGAAUGUGGCCACAGAGCUGCCGGCCGUGGCUGUUUAACUCCUGUAGAUUUCUAUACCAUAUUGAUGUCAAUCAACAAGCGUAGCUGUAAGUCAGUCCAUUUUUAUUCUGCUUCGGGGUUUUUCUUGUAUGUAUUAUACAGAUAAUGAAAUUCCAGAAUAUGUAUUUUGUUAAAAAAAAAACUAAAUUGUACAUAUUUAAAUAUGUAUUUUUGCACAAGAAUUUUUUCCUAUCCAUUUUGGUACAAUUGAAAUUCAAUAUGUAUUUAGUCGAGAUUACUCUUUUGUUUUAAAGUGGUUCACUGCCAAGCCAAUAAUGCAAUAUGCCUAUAACACACACAUAACAUCUCUUAGAAGCAUGGUCAGUCCCUUGGAAGGUAAAGUGCUGUCACUGGAUCCCUGUUUGUGGCGUCUGAACACAUUUCUGUUCUCCCGAGGGCCCUCUGAUUGCAUUGUUUAUUCAAAGAUGUUUAUUUUACAGCUGAAUUUGACAGAUUAAUGAAAUUCUGCUGCUAAGCUCCAAGCUGGUUUCAGAAUCAGGUCUCCAGUGCUGGUGAGUUUUUAAGGGCUUUUGGACUGUGGCUAAUGUUUAGUUCACAAGAGCACCUGUUUCCCAUUGUCCUAUGUGGCCUGUUGGAAUUUCAUGCACCUCAGCACAAAGAUCCGCAGGGUGCACUUAAUAUAUUCAAUAAUUUACUUUUUAAAAAUGCAUUGGAACUGAAGCUAAAUUGGACAGAGGAAUCAGCUAGUAGUCUCUGGUUACCUGUUUGCUGCUGUCCCUAACACAGUACCUACCCCACAUGCUUCCUUUCAAUUGGUUUUUAUUCUAUCCAGUGUCUUUCAGAUUGAAUAUCUUGUAAUAAAAAAAGUUGUUACCAUAACACAAUUUGAUUCAUUUGUAUAGUACAAUUUAGUAUUCCACGUAAUUAGCUUUAUCAGUCAU